AAUGACAUCACAAUGCCAGCUUUUGAGAACUUAGAUAUUUUAGCUGUCCCUGCUAGGUAUUGUACAUUUAGUGUUAGUAGUUUCAGUCUAGAGUAAUUAAGCUAAUGUAACCAAGUCACCAGAGCCCUCCUGUGGCAAAACUAUCCAUCCCGAGUUUCAUCUCUCCUAUAUUCAUCUCUGAACUCAUUUUUUGGUGGAGAGAGUGACUGGAUUUGGUACAGGAAACACCCUGAGAUAUCAAUUAGAGAAUGUCCAACUUCAUGUCAUGCAAAUUAAGAACUUUUCUCGGUGAGCCUAUGGGAGAGAAAUGUGUUGCCUUUGUGGAUGGAGUUGGUAGAGACCUUGCCAGAAGUCUAAUAACCUGUGGUUAUGAUAAGGCAUAUGUAUUAUUGGGUCAAUUCCUUCUCAUGCACAAGAAAGAAGAAGAAUUCCAGAUGUGGCUCAGGAUGUCAUUUGGUGCCACUCGCCAAGAAGCUCAUAUGAUAGCCAAUUGCCUUCGAGAAUGGUGUAACAGUUUCAUUUAGAAACUGACUCAGCACCUCUUCUUCCAUGGUAGCUCUGAACCACAGGACUAAACCUCUUGGUGUGCUGUAAAA